AUGGGAUUAGAGGGGAAAAACCCUGUCAUCUGGGAGGCCCCCUGUGACCGGGCCGUGGGGCUGGACACGGAGGCCAGGCCGGCGGGGCGGCUGGACACGGGGGACCGGGCCGGCGGGGGGGCGGCUGGACACGGGGGACCGGGCCGGCGGGGGGGCGGCUGGACACGGGAGGCCGGGCCGGCGGGGCGGCUGGACACGGGGACCAGGCUGGCGGGGCGGCUGGACACGGGGACCGGGCGGGGGCGGCUGGACACGGGGGACCGGGCCGGCGGGGGGGCGGCUGGACACGGGGACCAGGCUGGCGGGGCGGCUGGACACGGGGACCAGGCGGCGGGGCGGCUGGACACGGGGGCCCGGCGGGGGGGCGGCUGGACACGGGGGACCGGGCCGGCGGGGGGGCGGCUGGACAUGGGGACCGGGCGGCGGGGCGGCUGGACACGGAGGCCGGGCGGCGGGGGCAGCUGGACACGGGGACCAGGCUGGCGGGGGCGGCUGGACACGGGGACCGGGCGGCGGGGCGGCUGGACACGGGGACCAGGCUGGGGGGCGGCUGGACACGGGGACCAGGCUGGCGGGGGCGGCUGGACACGGGGGACCGGGCCGGCGGGGGGGCGGCUGGACACGGGGACCAGGCUGGCGGGGCGGCUGGACAUGGGGACCGGGCGGGGGGCGGCUGGACACGGGGAGGCCGGGCGGGGGGCGGCUGGACACGGGGACCAGGCUGGCGGGGGGCGGCUGGACACGGGGACCGGGCUGGCGGGGGCGGCUGGACACGGGGGCCGGGCGGCGGGGGCGGCUGGACACGGGGACCAGGCUGGCGGGGGCCGGCUGGACACGGGGGACCAGGCUGGCGGGGCGGCUGGACACGGGGACCGGGCGGCGGGGCGGCUGGACACGGAGGCCGGGCAAGGGGGGGGCUGGACACGGGGACCAGGCUGGCGGGGGCGGCUGGACACGGGGACCAGGCUGGCGGGGCGGCUGGACACGGGGCCGGGCCGGCGGGGCGGCUGGACACGGAGGCCGGGCUGGCGGGGGCCGGCUGGACACGGGGACCAGGCUGGCGGGGCGGCUGGACACGGGGGACCGGGCCGGCGGGGGGGCGGCUGGACACGGGAGGCCGGCUGGCGGGGGCGGCUGGACACGGGGACCAGGCUGGCGGGGGCGGCUGGACACGGGGACCAGGCGGGGGGGGCGGCGGGACACGGGAGGCCGACCGGGCGGGGGGGGGCCGGCUGGACACGGGGGACCAGGCUGGCGGGGCGGCUGGACACGGGGACCAGGCUGGCGGGGCGGCUGGACACGGGGACCGGGCGGCGGGGGCCGGCUGGACACGGGGACCAGGCUGGCGGGGCGGCUGGACACGGGGACCAGGCUGGCGGGGCGGCUGGACACGGAGGCCGGCUGGCGGGGGCGGCUGGACACGGGGACCAGGCCGGGCGGGGCGGCUGGACACGGGGGGCCGGGCCGGGGGGGGCCGGCUGGACACGGGGACCAGGCUGGCGGGGGCCGGCUGGACACGGGGACCAGGCUGGCGGGGCGGCUGGACACGGGGGACCGGGCCGGCGGGGGGGCGGCUGGACACGGGAGGCCGGGCCGGCGGGGGGGGGCCGGCUGGACACGGGGGACCAGGCUGGCGGGGGCCGGCUGGACACGGGGACCAGGCUGGCGGGGCGGCUGGACACGGGAGGCCGGGGCGGGGGCCGGCUGGACACGGGGACCAGGCUGGCGGGGGGGCGACUGGACACGGGGACCAGGCCGGCGGGGGCUGGGCGGUGGGGGGGCUGGACACGGGGGACCAGACCGGCGGGGGGGGGGGCGGCUGGACACGGGGGGGCCGAAGGAGGGAAAUAA